UUUCAUAAAUGUAGAUUGUGCUGGGAAAGCAUAUCAUCAGGUACUCCUUGUUACGGAUGUAAAUUAGAUGGGUGCAAGUAUUUCUACAUACAUAAAUCAUGUGCCGAAUUACCCCACCAGUUGAAGCACCCAUUCCACCCCAAACAUGAUCCUCUUACUCUCAGUCCAACUACGGAAUCAGAAGAACAUAAAUAUUGUGGUAGUUGCGGAAGAGAUCAAAGGUGGUACUGGUUCACAUACAAUUGUUCUGGUUGUAAGUUCAAACUUUGCAUUAAAUGCGCUUCGCUUUCACUAACCACAAAAGUUGAUAUUCACGACCACCCAUUGACCCUUAUGCGGAAAUCCACCCAAUUCACUUGUGAUCAUUGUGAGGAAGAAGGGAAGGGAAUGUUUUAUUUUUGUGCUACUACUACCUGUUCGUUUAUGGUCCACCCGGAAUGUACUCUUUCACCAUUGGUUGAACGACCACCCAUCAUAAAGGCUGAGAUUCAUGAUGAAGACCAUCCAUUGACCCUUGUGCAAAGAUUUCUGAUCUCCCUCACUUGCAAUGCUUGUGGGAAUGACAUUAAGGGUAGGUUUUACUUUUGUGCCAUCUGUGCAUUUGUGGUCCACCUAGAAUGUGCUUCCUUACCAUCGGUUGUCAAAGUUAUACGGCAUGACCACCCUCUCAACCUCAUUUACUCUCUUCCAGCCAUUAAUCCAUCGAGCCUACAUAGACGUAUUUGCCAACUAUGUGUUAAAAUGGUGGACACAGACUACGGGGUUUAUUAUUGCUCAACUUGUCAGGAUUAUGUUGCCCACCUUCAUUGUGCUACAAGCAAGGAAGAGAAAGAUGAAACGUUUAUGCGGAAGUCUAGAAAUGAAUUAGAAUCUAUUGAGUCAUCGACAAGUAUGUUGGGACAUGGGCUUGAUGAAUCCACAGACAUGUUGCCAUACGACGUUGUUAAAAAGUUCAAAUCAGGAGUAGAUGGGUUUGAAAUAGCUGCAGAAAUCAAACAUUUUAGUCAUGAGCAUAACUUAAAACUCAUUGACAAGUUUGGGAUCAAGGAAAAGUGUGAUGCCUGUAUACGGUACAUCUUUACUCCAUAUUAUGCUUGUGCUCAGUGUAGAUUCUUUCUUCACAAAUCUUGUGCUGAAUUAAGACGAAGAAUGAGACAUCCACUCCAUGAACACUCUCUUAUGCUCCUCCCAAUGACAACUUAUGCUAGUGGUUAUUUUGGAUGUGAUGCUUGUGACCAUGAUUGUAAUGGUUUAACUUAUAAUUGUGAAGAAUGCAAAUUUCACCUUGAUGUUCAGUGCAGUUUACUCCCAUAUAAUAAAUUCACACAUGAUAGUCAUGAACACGGACUUAUUCUUUCUAGGUCACCAGAAGGCAGAAAGUGUAAUAAUUGUGAUGAUUCAAAUGAAGAAAUCAAAUUCUGCUCAUGUGCUGAAAAUUGUGGAUUCGCAUUGGAUUUUAAGUGUUUAACACUGCCGCAUAUAGUAUGGUAUGAACAACAUGAACAUCCAUUCACUCUUUGUUAUGUUCCAGAAGAUGAUUCGGGAGAAUAUUAUUGUGAUAUUUGUGAAAAAGAACGAGACCCGAGGUAUUGGUUCUACUAUUGUGCAGAUUGCAUUUAUCCUGCUCAUCCAGAAUGUAUUCUUGGAAAAUCCCCAAAUAUGAAGUUUGGAAAAACUCGCACAAGUGAUAACCAUCAACAUCCUCUUGUUUUGGUUCAGAAGAGUACUUCGGAUGAUGGCCGUGAUUUGUGCAAUGUUUGUGUUCAUCGUAUAUAUGAUUUUGUUUAUGAAUGUGCCGAGUGUAAUUUCAUUGUUCACCCAGGGUGCAUUAAUAGAAAAAUAGGAACAAAUAAGGGAUAGUUACUUUUUUCUUUACUUGGGCUUUUAUUUAAACUGAAUAGCCCCGCAAGUUACUUAUUUCUACGGUCUACCAUGCAUAUUGUAAUAAUAGGAACAAGAAGUACUGUUUUAAUUAAGACUACUACUCGUGUAUACACUUUCUUGUUUAACAGUGAGAUUGGUUUUGAUAGUUA